UAUAGCACAUCUACCCCCUGCUAGAUAUAUUGUGGCCACUCAACAUGAGUUCUCACUAUUGGAUGCUCCUACUGUUCCUGAGUAUGAGCAGAGGCAAGCAACCACAGAGCUCUGACUCAACCCUUAACCCAGCUCCAGGGAUACUGAGCCCAGCCACAGACCCCCUGUCAUUGCACAUGAUGAAGCUCUAUGAGAAGUACAGUCGAGAGGGCAGUCGACCUCAGAAUGGGAACACGGUACGCAGCUUCCGGGCACAGCCAGAUUUUCUGGCUUCCCGUCCUACAUAUCGCUUCAACUUAACAUCUCUACAGCAGUCUGAAGUUGUCUUGGCUGCCACUCUCCACUUUGGACCUGACAAAGGCCCCAGGCCUCCUAGGGACUCCUUUUGCAAACGUUCCAAGAGUGCUUCCUGUCGUAUUUCGCUUCCACCACAAACUCAGAGGGUCAGUGUGAUUUUCAAGAGCAUUCUCCACCAAACAGAUUUAGGUUUGGUAAAGUGGAAUAUCAGCAGCGCCACGUUGAAUAAAAAGGGUGCCUGGCACGUGAAGGACAUAACCAGCAUCAUAAAGGAAGCGCAACAUCAACAAGAUCUGUUCAUUUCAACAGAAAUUGACUUUGGCCAUAAAUUUGCUACUAUCCAUGAAAGUAAUCCAAGUGAAGCCCCAUACAUCUUAGUAUUUGCCAACGACAGAGCAAUAUCAGAGCCAAACAGUGUGGCAGUAACUUUACAAAGGUAUGACCCACUCCAACCAAGUGUUGCCGAUUCUAAGCAGCAGCCCAAUGCAUCUUCAGAGAGCAGAGUAAGGAGGGAUGCUACAUUUUUGGCUUCCACCCAUAAUAAUGAACUCCCUGACGUUAAGUAUGUUCAAUACAGCAAGCAGCAUCUCUGGGAGAAUACAUAUAAGUCACUGACACAAAAGCCCCAAAAGAAGGAGCGGAAGAAGAAGGUAAAUGAUAAUGCUGAUGCUUUACCAAAAUCUCCAGUCCUUCACUUUGAUGAGAGGACAAUGAAGAAAGCUCGGAGACGCCAAUGGGAUGAGCCAAGGGUCUGCUCCCGCAGAUAUCUCAAGGUGGAUUUUGCUGACAUUGGAUGGAGUGAAUGGAUUAUAUCUCCUAAAUCUUUUGAUGCUUAUUACUGCUCCGGUGUUUGCGAGUUUCCUAUGCCAAAGGUGGUGCGCCCUUCGAACCAUGCAACAAUACAGAGCAUAGUCAAGGCUGUCGGCAUAAUUCCAGGUGUCCCAGAACCUUGCUGUACGCCAGAAAGAAUGAGCUCCCUAAGUGUCCUUUUCCUGGAUGAAAGUCGGAAUGUAGUGCUGAAAGUCUACCCCAAUAUGUCUGUGGAGAGCUGUUCCUGCAGAUAACGUCAUGCAGAAGUCUUCAGCCCCAGUGGAUUAUGACGUUGGGCCUUCAAAUUCUCUUUUCUCCUUC